CAAGAAUCUACAACCUGCUCCAGGUGCCCUCAUCCCGGGUUAACCUCAAAUUAUGGAAAGGCCCAUCGACCAUGUAUCAUGCUUCUUGUGCGGCGCCGCCAUCGACCCAGCCCUAUAUACUGUUGGUCAAGAUUGGGGUGCCGCACGUCUUUCUGGUGUUGGGAGACGGCGGCAAUCUGGAGACGUCAUUCCCCUUGACGAAUCCAUCGACGUGGACGUAUCCGAGCCCAUCGUGGAUGAAAAUUGGGUGCGGAUUAACCUCCUAAAGUCACGCUUUGGCGAAGAGAAUCCCCCAGGUCCUCCCAUCAUCUCUCAGCCCCUCUGGGGGUUUGCGCUUCACACCCGAUGCUGGAGACUCUUGUGCGCCAUUUCAGACAUCAAUUUCCGAGGCCGAAGCUCAGUCCAAGUCCUGUUUGAUAUCUGCAGAUCGCAGCCAAUCCAGUUUGGUCUGCUUCACUGGGGCCACGACUACAGCGGUCUCGUUUGCUGCUGGGGUAGUAUGGAGAACUCGUGUCCCGGUGAGGAAGUGAAGUUACCGUGCAGUCAGCCGACAGACGGCUCUUACCGACAUGAUCCUAUGGAUACCCCCCAUCUUACUAUGUAUAUUCCCUCCGAUACAGAGUCUACUGGUUCAGACUCCGGCUCGACUCGAAGCCAGAAGACCCGUCAACAACUCAAGCCGGUUCUCCCAUCCAGCAACGAUCCAUUUCGCCUCCUGCCCCCCGAGCUGCUCGUCGACAUCCUGGUUCAAACGAAAUCAAGCGACGCGGCCAGUCUUCGACUAGCCUCUAAGACCAUGGCUAAUAUAGGGCUGCCAGAAAAGUUUUGGCGUUCAAGAUUCUGGCCUGGCCACGAAUUUGAGCACGUUUUUGAGGUGGCUCGUUGGCCGACGCCGGAGGGUGGAUGGAGUGCAUGGCAUCACAAGUUUUGGCUUCAAAGGACUGACCCGUGCUUGAAAAACAGACAGCGCGUCUGGCCUUUGGCUUGUCGACUGAGAGACUUGUUUGCUCUGGGAUUGGAGUCUCCUGUUCGCCACAGAUCUCCCUGCAAGUCGCUUUUCGACCUCGACGCGAAAAAUAGUGAUCUAGUCUGGCACACCGCGCAUUCAAAGAUUUUCCCGGCAACAUCUACUUUCUCGGAGGGCCCAAGAUCGCUGCAUGAUGCAAAAGUCACAAUCACAGGUCCCACAGACACGCUCGGAUAUCACCGCGCUCAACGCGAGUUCGCCAUCAUUUGGGAUGACUGCCCGGAGGUACCUCGCUCAUUUGUGGGGUUUCAGGUCGCAAUAGAUGCUCGAGGUAUCCGCGGGCUUUGCCUACUAUCUAAGCAAGGCGCGCAAUCUCGCUGGGUUGGAGAUCACGAGACCGCUGCAAAGAAGUCCAUCACUUGCAAAGAUCCAACGAAUGGUGGAAUUGAGAUCACCCAGGCAAUCAAAGGAGGCUUUGACGCUCUAAAGAUGGUGUCCAUAUCUGUUCACGGCCUUUGCCAUGAGAAUGAGAACAGGGACAAGGGGGACGAGAACAAGGCUAAAUUGGGAGAGUCUGCCGUCUGGUAUCCUGACCGACCAGAUCCCGCCCUUCGAUUCCUGGGCGUACGAGACGAGCGCCUUUCGAAACGUCUGGAUAACGUCCCCAACCAAAUGUGUUUGUUUGGCGGGAGGGAUGGACAACUCCUUCCGUAUCUCACCCACGUCGAAGUUACCAUAAUCGACCGUUCAAUCUUAGGCACUUCCACUGACUACACUGCUAUCUGGGGUAACUACUACUACUUAACCGACUCAGACUAGAAGCUGAAUAUAUAGUAAAAUUACUAAUUAUAAAAUACAAAUAUAUAAU